CUCUUUCUCUGCCGUUUUCCGAUAUCGUUGAUAAUUCAUUUUGCCGUCAAAAUCCACGUUUCCUGCGGUGUCUGGGUGUGCAGGCUGGUUGUUCCUUUUUGCAGUCCUCAUGGCUGCCGGACUGCUGUUUUGCAUGGUGUUCUUUAUCAUCAUGUUCUCGGACCUGGAAUGCGACUACAUAAAUCCCAUAGAUCUUUGCAACAAGCUUAACCAAUUCGUCCUUCCUGAAAACAUUGCUCAUGCAUUUUUGACCCUGCUUUUCCUGCUCUCUGGACAAUGGACCGCGUUCCUUCUGAACUUACCAUUGGUGGUCUUUAAUGCAAACAAGAUACGAAACAAAAAUCACAUGUACGAUGCCACGGAGAUAUUCAGGUCUCUUCCAGGACACAAAAAAGAGAGCUUCAUCAAGCUUGGGUUCUAUCUGUUAUCAUUCUUCUACUAUCUCUACCGAAUGAUUGUUGCACUCAUUGCUGAGAGUGAGUGAGAAACGGAUGAAUGGAGGAGUGAAAGGGCAUAAUGCUGCCAUCUGCAAAGUCACUUAUAAUCAAUGGAAUAUCCACACCCUGAAAGUCGGUGGAUGGGCAUCCUGUC